AUGAAUAUCUCUUACUCGCCUAUUCCUGUUACAAAUCUGCCGCCAGCAGUCGAGCAGCUUGGCCAUGAAUUGACGAAGGCCACUGCCUUCCUAUUGAUUCCGGCAGAGCUACUCUACUUCGCUAUAUAUUUCCAUAUAAAAGGGCUCCGCAGGGUAUACAAGACACUGACUUUGCUCUCUCUGGCAACUUUCUGGGUUGCUGCAUACACUGCACCGAUUUCCUGCGGACCAGCCAGAUGUCUACAACAUUUUGCAGUGGCGAUUGGGACGAUGAAGGUUCUCGAUAUUUGGGCCCGCCAAAAUGAUCUCCCUAUUUAUUCAGCAGGCAAGAUGCCAGCAGACUGGAAAUUGGCACUUGUAAUCCUCACAGAGCUCCGUUACGAAUCUUUCACCCCAAAUCAUAUCAGGAUUUCGAAAGACCAGGAGAAUUUUAACGAAUUGACACAAUUGGGAAUCCACAUCGCCAUUUUCGCCCUCCUGCAAACACUGCCACAAAAUUUCCCGACUGUACUAGCUUUUGAGGUGAUGUUGGCAAUAUACAUCUUGUGGACUAGUUUGCAGUUGUUAUUGAGGUAUAAGAGCAGUCCGGCCCUCUUCGGACCGCUGUACUUGAUUGAGAGUUUGACUGGGUUCUGGUCUGAGUCGUGGCAUAACGCUUUUGCUUCUCCCUGCACGUCGCUGGCUUACGCACCCCUUCGCUACAGUCUUCCCAAAUAUGGCGUUCCAGUGGUGCUUGCUCGAUCGCUCGGCGUCCUAGGCGCAUUCAGUCUGAUGGCCGUGUUCCACAUGUAUGCGCUCUCCCCCAUUCUCAACAAAGAGGGGCUCGUUCGGAUCGGCCUGUUCUUUUUCUUCAACGGGAUUGCCACUGUAUCAGAAGCCGCAAUAUGGGGCCACAAGAACCACUGGCUGAAGACGAUCUUGGCGUGGACGUUCGAGACCACAAUAGCAAGUUGGGCAGCUAGCGGGUUGAACAUCCCGAACGGCUUAGCAAGGAUUCGAUGGAUGGAGAUUUGUGAAGUGCAGACUUAUUGA